GGGACAUCCCCCUCCUUGCUCUCUCGGGCGCACAGAACUGUCAAACUCGCCGAGCCGAGAGUACGGCCCCAGGAGCCACCAUGUUGCACGCCAUCCUGCUCGUCCUCCUCAGCAUCGUCUUUCUCAUAGUCGGAAUUCUCGCAAAGACCUUUACAUUUUGGAAAGGGAAGGGCAUUCCUUACUUGUCUUUCUUUGAGUACAUCCGAGCAGUUCGCGACAACUUCACGGGAGAGCUCAAUAAAGUUGCACUCCGAAAUUACAAGCGUUAUGGCCGGAUAUACGGGUCAUACCAGGGCCUCAUACCAAGCCUCGUUGUCUCUGACCCAGAUGUGCUGAGAGAAAUUUGCGUCAAAGAUUUUAAGUCAUUUGUCAACAAGUCGGAUGACAAAGUAUCGGGAAAUACCCUUUGGGAUCAAAUGGUCUUGCACCAGCAAAACGAAGAGUGGAAAAAUACACGUAGUUCGCUGUCUCCGAUGUUCACCACGGCCAAAUUGAAAUCGAUGGUGCCAAAGAUGACGAAGACAAUGGACAGGUUUACGAAAUUGCUGCUGACGAAGCUUAAUACACGGCAGCCAGCAAAUCUCUGUCAAUUGCUGGAAAAGUCGGCCAUGGACUUGUACACAUCACUCAUCUUUGACCUGGACAUUGACAGCCACGUCGACACUGAGCAUCCAAUGCUCAAAUGCUACAGCGGCUUCCUGAGUGCUCCUGGAGGCUGGAGACUACUCAUGAUGACCACUCUCCCCAGACUUUUCAAGGCGUUUAGGGUGGAAUUUCCUAACAAGGGGGACUCUCAGUAUGCGCUGGAUUUCACUAAACACUUAAUAGAACGGAGACUACGAGAAAAUGAGAAACAUGAUGACGCACUCCAAAUGUACAUGGACACUAAGAUGCAGCAGAAUGGGAAAGGAGGUGUCCAACUUUCAGAAUCUGCAAUGAACGACAUCUCGGCUCAGUGCAUGUGCCUGUUUAUCGCUGGGAGCGACUCUAUAGCUCUGACUGUGACCUGUGCGGCGUAUUCGCUGGCUCUGCACCCAGACAUUCAAGAGGCGGUGAUAAAUGAAGUUGACGCUGCGGCAAGUAUAUUUAUAUACGUCAAACACACGAGAGCACGACUGCUUUUCUUUUUCACGGGAAGAACAGCGCCGGAUCACAAAAGGCUCUCUUAUCUGCGCCCUUUUUUAUCCCAACGCCUUUAUCCGAAGCCGGACGAGGCAACGUACGAGUCUCUGCGGUCAAUGGUGCUGCUCGAUGCUGUGGUCAGUGAAACGCUGAGGAUGUACUCGCCGACGUCAGUGCUGACAAGGAUAUGCUCGCGAAGCACAACGAUUGCCGGAGUCCGCUUCACGCCAGGGAUGCGUGUUGAGAUUCCUGCACACGCGAUGCAUUACGACCCUGAAUUUUUCCCCGAACCAGAAAGCUUCAAGCCAGAAAGGUUCUUGCCGGAGCACAAGGAUUCGAUCAACACUUACACGUAUCUUCCCUUCGGAGUGGGUCCACGAAGUUGCAUAGGCAUGCGCAUGGGCAUGGUGCAAGUGAAGUACAUUCUCUACCGCCUCCUGCAGAACGUUACUUUCGAACCCUGCGCAGAAACACAGGUUCCCCUUUCUUUCGCCAAAGGCAAGGUCCUUCUGGAGCCCAACCCACCGAUCCAGCUGAAGAUUGUGCCACGAGCCCGGCGCCAAUCCUCAGGCUCGUCAAACACUCCGACGGCGCAAGGCUGAUGUGGAGGAUGCCUUCACGGCAAUCAAAGAACUUAUAUGGUCUUGCAGAGU